GACAUAUAUGAACCGCAACCGGCUCCGAAGUAGAACGAGUCGCUUUCUCGGGGCUCCGCGAAAAGAGAACGAAGCAGGAGAACUACCAAAACAAGUCAGCGUGAAUGCACUUUUUUUUUUUUUUUUUUUUUUUAAAUUCCAACCAGGAAGUUACGCGACAAAAAACAAACAAACAAAAAAAAGGGAGCUGGAACGACGUCGCGAAGGUUUUGACUUUUAAAUUAGGAGGGAAAAAAAGUUACAAAAAGACAAGGGAGGUGACUUUUUCGGAGAAACAUUACCGUUAGACAUGAAAGAGACGUUUUCCCACCUUGACGUUUAAAACAGCGGCGACGAGGACCUUUUGCCAUUAUUCUUCUCAACUUCAACCAAGAAGACGAAGCCGACAAACAAUAACAAGGAGACACCGUUGCCUUACUGACGCUGCCAUGGAUUCUGGAAAGCAAAUAACUUUCCCGUUGAUGCUGUGUGUUGGGACCGCCGUGAUUGGCUCCCUGCAGUUCGGAUACAACACGGGUGUCAUCAAUGCGCCUCAGAAGAUCAUCGAGAACUUUAUCAACGCUACAUGGGUUGCGCGUUACCAGGAGCCCAUUUCAGACAACACCCUCAAAGCCAUCUGGUCCAUCGCCGUGGCCAUCUUCUCCGUCGGCGGCAUCUUCGGCUCCUUUUCACUCGGUGUCUUUGUCAAUCGCUUUGGAAGGAGAAACGCCAUGUUCAUUGCCAACGUCCUGGCCCUGAUCUCAUCAGCCUUGAUGGGCUUCUCCAAGACGGCGUCCUCCUUCGAGAUGCUCAUCAUCGGACGCUUCGUGGUGGGCUACUACUCGGGGCUCUCCACCGGCUUAGUGCCCAUGUAUGUGGGCGAGGUGUCGCCCACGUCACUUCGCGGGGCUUUGGGGACCCUUCACCAGCUUGGUAUCGUCGUAGGCAUCCUCAUUGCACAGGUGUUCGGAUUGGAGGUCAUCAUGGGCAACAGCGAAUUCUGGCCACUCCUCUUGGGCUUCAUCUUCAUCCCGUCAGUGAUGCAGUGCAUCCUGCUGCCUUUCUGCCACGAGAGCCCGCGUUUCCUGCUCAUCAACAAAAACGAAGAAAACAAAGCCAAGACUAUCCUGAAGAAGCUGAGGGGCACCAACGACGUGAGCGGCGACAUGCAAGAGAUGAAGGAGGAGAGCCGGCAGAUGAUGCGGGAGAAGAAGGUGACCAUCCUGGAGCUGUUCCGCUCGCCGCUCUACCGCCAGCCUCUCCUCGUUGCCGUAGUGCUGCAGCUUUCCCAGCAGUUGUCGGGCAUCAACGCCGUCUUCUACUACUCCACAAGCAUCUUUGAGCAGGCCGGAGUGGCGCAGCCAGUCUACGCUACCAUUGGAGCCGGUGUCGUUAACACAGCUUUCACUGUGGUGUCGCUGUUUGUGGUGGAGCGCGCCGGUCGCAGGUCUCUCCACCUGCUGGGGCUGCUGGGAAUGGCCGGUUCUGCCCUCCUGAUGACCAUCGCCAUGGCUCUACUGGACCAGGUCAAAUGGAUGUCCUACCUCAGCAUCGUGGCCAUCUUUGCCUUCGUGGCCUUCUUUGAGAUCGGACCGGGUCCAAUCCCCUGGUUCAUCGUGGCCGAGUUGUUCUCACAAGGGCCGAGGCCUUCGGCCAUGGCCGUGGCCGGUUUCUCCAACUGGACCGCCAACUUCAUUGUGGGGAUGGGCUUCCAGUAUUUAGCUACGGCGUGCGGCCCCUACGUCUUCGUCAUCUUCAUCGUGCUGCUGCUCUUCUUCUUCAUCUUCACCUACUUCAAGGUCCCCGAGACCAAGGGCCGGACUUUUGACGAGAUCGCGUCCGGCUUCCGCCAGAGCGCCGUCACGGGCGGCGAGAAGCACGAGGAGCUCAACAGCCUGGGGGCCGACUCACAGCUCUAAAGCGGCCCCCGCGCCCAAGCGAUGGGACAAAUAUUUGAUCACAGUGAGGAGGGGAGCGGCUAGAGGUGCGGGGGAAGGGGUUUAGGGUAAGGGUCCCGGCGUAGAAUCAUUUUUACACUGCCAACACAUUUCGGUCGUCUUCACCGUGUGUGAUUCUCCUUAACGUCUUCUGCUGCCCACCCCGUACUGACACUCGUACAAACACACACACACACACAGACAGUCACACACACACCCCUCUCUUCGUGUGUCACACAAAACACUCGACGGGCAGCGUGUGGCCCGGGAGAUGUGAAUGAGGCGCGUCGGAAGGUUUUUGAUAUUUCAAAGAAGGAAAAAGACCGCCUUUUUUUCAACGAAUUUUUUUAUGGAUCUACUUCUUCACUGAGCAAAAAUACUGUAAAAUGCACUGUAGCUCCUGCAAGGCUUCCUCCUCUAGAUGGCGCACUUUUCAAUGAAAUAACCCCCCCACCGCAAUAGGUUACUUUACUAUAUCUUCGUGCUUCUUUCAAUGAUAUGUAUUUAUAUUACUUAUUGACUGUAGAUUGACAAUGUUUUACCCCUUUUUUGUAAACUUUUUUUUUUUUUUUUUUAAUUUUUUUUUAGAAAAGGUGUAUAUGCAGUUGAUAAUAUUCAUGCAGAGGAGUUCAGGGCCACACUGAAAAAAUACCUGGGGAAUAAAGUCAUAGAAUUAUGACUAUAAUAUACGGUUUUACAAGAAUAACUUCAUAAUACUAAGAUUAUGAAAUUGCAGUUUUACAAGAAAAAAAGUCUUAAUUUUGGGCCUGAGAAAGCUAUAAUAUUAUCAACAUAAAAUUCAAAAUUUAUGAGAAUCAAUGAACUUUUUCAACAAUGAAAACCUUUAUUUUUAUAUUAUAUUUGUGCUUUUAACUUAAUAAAGUUGAAAUAUUGCGAUCAGUUUAAAUUUAAAAAAAGAAAAUAUUUUACGAGAUUAUAAAAUUAUAUGUGAAAAAUGUUUAUGUAAUAUUCCAAGAAAAAAAUCCAAAUUGUACGAGAACAAUUUAAAGCUUUAACAAUCAACACAAUUGCAAUAUUAAAAGCAAAAAAAUGGAUAAAUCAAAUAUUUUUAUGAAGAUUUAAAAAAAAAAUAAGAAUAAAGUACAAAUAUUGCAGUUAGAUGAAAGCAAAUAUUUUACAUAAGUAAACGGUUAAUUUAAUUUUUUAAAAUGAUAUUAAGUGACUAUAAAUUUUUAGUCAUAAUGUAAUGCAACUAUAGAGUCAUAAACUUGACAGGAAUAGUAAUUUUUCUUGAAAAUAAAACUAAUAUUCCUGAGAACAGACAAAAUAUUGCAAGUAAAAUAAAGUUUUAAUUAGCACAAAUAUCACAAGUCAACUGCACUUGUGUUUACAUUUGUGAGCAUUUGACUUUAUUUUGGAACUUUUGUUGUGAUUUGCUUUCUCCCCCCCCCCAGCGUGUCCCCUGAUACUGCUGUGUAUGGUCACCCAUGAAUUUAAUCGUAAAUUUUUUAAGGAGGAGUUGACGAUAUGAAUGUUAUUAUACCACACUAAAAAAACUAAAAUCGUGCAGUCGUUACUCUCAGCUGCAUCCUUUUUUUUCCCGGAGAGGUUGUUUUCUGUCAGAGCCUCACAUGUCUGGGAAAGCAUUUAUUAGAGUGGAAGUGGGUAGGAAAAAAAAUGGACCAAAACUUAAAGUCAGCCCUAUUAUCUUGUCUUGGAUCAAUCCUCCUCGGCCUUGCUCUGUGUUGCAUUGUGGAAGUAUUGUUGUGGGCUGCCAUUUGUCGCAGUAGUAUUGUUGAGCUUGCUCGGCCUCGCUGUCUUCUGCUGUAAUCACUGCUCUCGUCUCUUGUUAGAGGAAACCAGUAAAAAGGUGAAAAAGAAAAUAUUUUAGCAGCACUUUAUUAUUCAUAUUUUCUUUUUUCUCGGAAACAACUAAAAUCUUUGUUAUAGAGGAGAGCGGCUGAUGGAUGACUUGAUGUCUGUUGAGAUGGGAUUCUGUCAUAUUGUUCAUAUCUCUUUUUUUGUUUUUGUUUUUUGCUGUUUAUAAAGCACUCCUAUAAGUGCACGCCAAUUGUUGACAGCGAUGGAUCAUCGAAUCAGGACUUCAAUCCAAAUCACUUGUCAUUGCGACCAUUCCAUAAGUUUUUAGCAUAAUGUCGCUGUCCACUAAAAAGGAUGGAUCUGCAACUUUUUGCAAAAACAAAUUUGGGGACAGGUCCUUGAGGCUUUUUCAUGUGUCCUUCCGUGCAGGACCUGCCCACCAAAUUUCUGCUCAGUCGGUGUAUAACUGGUUUUGGGGGCUGAUUUUCCCGGAGACGCCACUGAAUGAGUUUUGGGUAUUUUUUGCUUUUCACCAAGAUGCACACUGAAAAAAAUAUAUCUAAUUUGGAGUUAACUGUUUUUCAUUAGACAGCGACAUUAUUUUGAAUGUCUGUUUUUUUUUUUUUUUUAAAAAACAUUUUUUGUGUGCCAUCCAAUCAGUGCCUUUCAAGUGACCUUCAAGGGCACCCCAUUCUAAUAAAACGACAAGCCUUUUAAACAACUUGUAAAUAAAACACACCACAGUCACUCCCAAAAAUUUUCAAAUGAUUAAAAGGAUUUUUAUUGUUAGAUUGUUACUGCAAAGAGGACUGUAACCUUUUUUAAAAAAAUGCAUUUUAGCCUCCACACACUGUUAUUCAAUCAUCAGAUGUUACAUGUUGAAGGAGUGGGGGGUGGGGUGGGUGUUCUCGUUUUAGGGCACAAAAAAAAACAUUGUAGUGUUUUUUAAUAAUUAAAAAAAAAAUGUGUGUGUUGUUUUGGAGAAUGCGAACCUCAUUUGUGUUGAGGAAAAUGUUACGAACGGAUGUUGUCCUGAUUGUCAAAAUUGGCUGAAUAAAAGAAAUGAUGCACACGGAAACACUGCGUGUGUGUGUGUGUGAUGUCAACCAUAGAACUGGAAAUUAAUUUUUGUAACAUAGGAAAUUGAAACGCAUCUCUAUGAAACUACAAAGGUAAUGCAAGUGGAAACAGUCCAAAGAUGUGUCCAAAGUACAAUAUAAAACUGGUAACAAAGCACUACUGAAAAGUAGGGAAAAUAGUAAUUAUGAACAAAAGAAAAGACUAAUAAGCGUAAAGCUCGACUAACAGAUUAACCGUCAACAAGCAGCAACAAAACAAGGCGCAAGGAGGAAUACCAGGAAAAUGUCAGACUAGAUGGGGAGGGGAAAAAAAAGCAAAAUACAUCAAACUAGAAGCGGUAUCCAAAAAGGGAGCAAUAAAGAAUGCAGCACAGCAAACGGCAAAGACAAAGCAACAAUCUGGUGUCUUCCUGGUGUGGCCGCAGAGUUGAUUACGAUAGCUCAACUCCUCAAUGGAAAAAAAAAAAAAAAAAACAGCAAA